UUACUCAUAAGUUUUAAUCUGAUGAUUUGAGAUUCAAUGUUCUUAUUCGGUCAUUUCAUUCCCAAAACAACAACAAAUUAUCGUAUCGCUGGAAGUCAGAAAAAAUGGAAAGAUCACUGAUUUUUUCGGUGUUACUCAACCACCAAUUACAACUCAAAAUACCUUGUUGUAAUCCAUAUAUGCAUUGCCGAUUCCGAAUCGAACCUGAUUCGCAACCGGCCGAUCUCCCGGUGGUUUAACAACCUUGCCCCCACACUCUCCAUCUCCCUAGCUACCACACCAUUCUCCAUAAUUCAUACUACUAAACACAAGAGGAGAGAAAUGACGCCAUACGCCCAUACCCUUACUUUGCUUUUUACCUCUUCCCUCGAGUCAGGGUCAGGUCUCGUUAAUUUCCCUCUCUGUUUGGUUUCAGUCUCCUCUGUAGCUUCGUCCCCCUCUCUUUUCCUUCACGUGACUCCCUCUGAGCUUGCAAUUCCGACAAUAUACUGCCUCACCUAGAUUAGAUUACACCCCUCUUUGUCACCUAGCGCUUCCUUCUCCCUCCCUAAACCCUCUCCGCCAUGGCCAAUCAUCCUCUCCACCAUCCCUAAACCAACCACCAUUCCUCCACCGCCACCCACAACAAAAUGACCUUCAACACCCACCUUCUUCUCCUCCUCCUCCUCCUUCUACCCGCUUCAUCUUCCCCCUCCCCGCCUCCUUCCGACGCCGAAUCCCUCCUCGCAUUCAAAUCCAAAGCAGAUUUACACUCCACCCUCCACUACUCCCACAAAUCCUCCCCCCAGCUCUGCCUCCACUGGCAAGGCGUCCGCUGCCUCCAAAACCGAAUCACCCACCUCGUCCUCCAGAACCUCCUCCUCGGCGGCGUCUUCCCGGCCAACACCCUCACCGCCCUCGACCAGCUCCGCGUCCUCGGCCUACAAAACACCUCCCUCACCGGCCCAAUCCCCGACCUCUCCAACCUCCUCAACCUCAAAUCCCUCUUCCUCGACCACAACUACUUCUCCGGCUCUUUACCCCCUUCCCUCGCCGCCCUCCACCGCCUCCGCACCAUCGACCUCUCCCACAACAGCCUCUCCGGCCCCUUGCCCCGAUGGCUCGCCUCCCUCGACCGAUUGAACUCGCUCCGCCUCGAGUGGAAUCGAUUCAACGGCUCCAUCCCGCAGCUCAACCAGUCCUCCCUCCUCGCCUUCAACGUCUCCCACAAUGUCGACCUCAAUGGAGCGAUUCCCCUCACCCCUACGUUCCUCCGACUCGAGAUCUCGUCCUUCUCCCUAAACCCUAACCUCUGCGGCAAGAUCUUGAAAAGGGAGUGCCAUCCCGGAACUCCCUUCUUCGGCUCCCCGUCGCCGUCACGCCCGACGGCGCCGGCGGCGCCAUCGGGCCAAUCCGCGGAGCUCCGCGGCGUCAAUUUAACUCAUCCGAGCCGAGAUCCAGACCACCACAAGAGGAAAUCGGUGAUUAUCGGAUUUUCUGCGGCGGUUUUCGCGAUUAUUUUGUCGUCGCUGCUGCUCUGUUUCGCGGUGGCGAUUAGGAGGAGACGGAGGAGCCAGAGCGAGUUUUCGUCGCCGGAGAAGGCGGCCGUUGUGCUCGACGACGCCGUGUUGCAGAUAGACCAGCAGGAGAGCGAGCUGGAGGAGAGAGUGAGGAGGGCGCAAGGGAUGCUUCUGGCUGGGAAGACGAAGAGCGGGAGCCUGAUGUUCUGCUGCGGGGAGGAGCAGCUGUAUACGCUGGACCAGCUGAUGCGAGCUUCGGCUGAGCUGCUGGGGAGAGGCACGGUGGGGACCACCUACAAGGCCGUGCUCGACAGCCGUCUGAUCGUCUGCGUCAAGCGAUUGGACGCCGUCCGAUUAAGCAGCACCAGCAAGGAAUCGUUCGAGUCGCACAUGGAAUCGGUGGGCGGGCUCCGGCAUCCCAAUUUGGUUCCGUUGAGGGCUUAUUUCCAGGCGAGGCAGGAAAGGCUUCUCGUCUACGAUUAUCAGCCCAACGGCAGCUUACACUCCCUCAUCCACGGUUCCAGAUCGGCGAAGGGGAAGCCGAUGCACUGGACGUCGUGUUUGAAGAUAGCGGAGGACGUGGCGCAGGGGCUGGCUUAUAUACACCAAGCGUGGCGGCUGGUCCACGGCAAUUUGAAGUCAACGAACGUUUUGCUCGGGCCGGAAUUCGAGGCGUGCAUCGCCGAUUACUGCCUCGCCGUGCUCGCCGAUUCUUCUCCGCCGGCAGAGGAAGACCGGGACGCGGCGGCGUACAGGGCGCCGGAGAUUCACAAUUCGGAGGGAACAGGAGAGGCGGCGACGACGAAGUCCGAUGUGUAUUCGUUUGGGAUUCUGCUGAUGGAGUUGCUGACGGGGAGGGCGCCGUCGGAGCUGCGGCGGAUGGCGCCGGAGGAGAUGGCGGAGUUGGUGAGGGGCGGCGGAGGUGGGAUGGAGGAGGAGGGCGGGGGAGGGAAUGUGAGGAUGGAGAUGCUGCUGGAAAUGGCAGUGAGGUGUAGGUCGGCGGCGGCAGAGCAGAGGCCGACGAUGUGGCAGGUGUUGAAGAUGUUGCAGGAGGUUAAGGAGACGGCGUCGGUGGAGGAUGAUGGAGCGGAGGUAGUUACAAGGAGUGAGGAUGGGACGUCGUCGACGUCGGUUUAAGUUGGUUGUUUGAAGGAUUAGCUUGUAGUGUAGACUGUAGACUCUAAUUGGUUCAGUAGGUGAUGUAUAAUUCCUCUUGUCCUGCAUUUUGACUGGAUAUUAUUUUGUUUCCGGGUACAAAAAUGGAUUGAGCUUGAGCGGCAGAUUUUUUGAUGUAGCUAAGAACGUUAGGCCGCAAGAAUUGUUGAGCUUGCAAGUCCAGCUCAAGGAAAACUGAAAACCAG